CCCCAAUUCGCUUCCACAAAACUGAUUUCUAUUUUCAUGCCCCCAAUUACGUGAAGUCAGCACAAAACAAUUUAUUUACCUCGCAGGUACAUUAUAUAUCAGCCCGUACACAGUGAUAUCUGCCACGAAUAUUUCAUGUGAUCUCAAUAUCCGAGGAGACGAAGCCCUCAACGUCACGAGAUCCGAAAUGUUGAAGAUGGUUUAAAGAUGGGGCUCCGAGCGAUUUUCUCUCUCCCAUUUUUCUUCAGAAUUUGGAUUCGACAACAAUUUCAUCAUAGCGCCGAGAAUGCACUCCCUCCUUCUCCUCCUAAUAAUCCGGGGCAUCUCGCAAACCCAAGAGACCAUCGAGCCAUCAUCAGCCACCCGGAUCCUCCACCUAACAUCAACAAUCAUCGGUCUCGCCCACGCCGUAACAAUAACCAACACUUCGUCCUGCAACGUGUAAGCCUCCAUCCCGCAAUCCCUCCAAGAGAAGCACUUCCAAAGCGCAUACAGCGAGUUCACCACGCCGUGUUAUUCUUGGUCUUGGAAAUUCCCGCUGCUGCAUUGAACAAUUCGAAUUCCAAGCUGUGGAGCACCGGGCCUGGAGAUUUCACACCCUCUGACACCUUCGGGGUGUACUUCUCAACGAGAGGGAGUUGCACCCAGGUGGUGCCAGCUUACACCCGCAAGAUCUCCGCUCCGCUCUAAGGCGAAGAUGGGCUGUAUAUCAAUCGCGCGGUCCAUGAGUGCGGGAUUGAAGGGACGGCUAAUGCAGAGUGUGAGCGGUAUAAUGAGUAUUCGUUUA